CACGGAAAUAUAAUAGUGAUGCACACCCUCCAAUAACUGAAAUGAGCAUGGCGGCGGGUCAUCUUUGUAAGCUACACUGUAUAGUAACGCGACUUUCCAACGCUAACACUGUACGACUUGCACAAACAUGUUUGGUGCCAAUGCGACACAAGUCCAGUAUCAGUGGUCCUUCACUUGAAAGUCCUAACUGUAAUGUGGAACUUGGCGUGACUUCAGACGGAAAAACCAUAGUAUGCUACCAUCCCCCUGUGGACAUUCCCUAUGAACUGACCCAGCCUAUACAGCGGCCAGACCCCCUGACCAACCCGGCUGAGACCCACGACCAGGUCUUAAUGGCUAGUCUCAGCAUGGAGAUUCUGAAGGAUAAGAAGGGUCCCACCAUAGAGGAGCUGAGCAAGAUGUUUUUCACCACCAAACACCGCUGGUAUCCUGUAGGACAGUACCACAUGAGACGCAGGAAGAAGGAUCCCCCCAAGGACAGAUAAUUCAAUUCACAAAACUUCAUAUGAUUUGUGUUUGUGUUCUUGUCACAAUAAUGUAUAAUAAACUGUUAAAUAUAAA